CAUGAACUAAGUACUGGGAGAGAGAGCCUGCGGAUUUAUAGUCUCCAUUUCUGAAAAUCUGGAAGAAAAAAAAGAGACUAGGGGAGACCAGUUGGAGAUGACCAGUCACCACCUGGAGGUUGGCAACCCUAAAUAAACAUCUGUGGCUAACAGGACAUAUAUCCUGCCUCUCUGGUACAUCGUAUGAAAUGGAUUCAAAACUGUCACAACCCAAGCAUUUUGAAUCAGAUGAAUUAUCUCAAAUGCCAGAACAGAGAAAAGGAAAAAACGGAGAUGAGCAGAUAGUCGCAGAAAUCAUGAGAAGGCGUUUUUCUCCUUCACUGAUAACCACCCAAGCUUGGGAAGGAUUCCACUUUGUUGGACAGGAGAUAAAGAUUACGGAAGCCACUGACAGUUAUGGAGCUGUGGUCUGGCCGUCGGCUCUUGUUCUGUGCCACUUUUUGGAAAUGAAUGUGAACUCGUAUAACAUGGUUGACAAAAAUGUCAUUGAAAUUGGAGCAGGGACAGGCCUGGUCUCGAUAGUGGCUAGUUUCCUUGGUGCCCACGUGACUGCCACUGACCUGCCUGAAGUGCUAGGAAAUCUUCAGUACAACAUUUGUAGAAACACAAAGAUGCGAUGCAAACAUCAGCCUCAGGUGAAAGAACUAUUUUGGGGGGUUGACUUGGAAAAGAAGUUCCCCAGGUCGUUGUGCCACUUUCACUACAUCUUGGCUGCUGACGUCGUCUACCACCACCCUUACCUGGAUGAGCUCCUCCUUACCUUUGACCACUUGUGUAAAGAAGAUACUGUCAUCAUCUGGGCCAUGAGAUUUAGGCUGGAGAAAGAAAACCAGUUUGUGGACCGAUUCCAGAAGCUGUUUGACCUAGAAGCGAUUUCUGAUUUUCCCAGUUUAAAUAUAACCCUGUUUAAGGCAAAGAGGAGACAUAGAGGGAAAUGGUCUCCAGUUACUGCAUCCUGAUUGUUAAUUAACUGGUUGUUAAUCUAACCUGAUAGUUAGCUAGGCUUAAGGCCAAAUAAGAUGCAAUGCAAGGGGGAUCCAUUACCAGAUCUCCAUAUGGUGUCUUACGUUAAAAGCAACAAUAGGGAAAGAAAUUGGAUAGGGAUCAUAGCAGAGGUAUUUUGUUUUGUUUGAAACCUUUUCCCCAGUGUCAUUUUUCCAUUUCGGAAUACCUUUCUCUCCACGAUACUUGCCCUGUGGGGGAGAACAUUCAGAUGCCAUUUAGGGGUGUGUGUACGUGAUUUGCAAGAGUAAAAUUACAUGGGGGGAAACGGUUAAAUUCCCCUCUCUGUCUGAUUUGGGUUCCCAUCAACUGCUUUCUAAACAACAGAAACAAACAUGUAGGGAUAUCCAAAUAAUUUUGUACCUACAAGUGUGUGUGUGUUUUGGCAUGAUAGAAUGCUUAAUUUGUUUAUCUCUCACUUGUAGUCUUAAGGUAGUCUAGUCUCUGUGUGUGUGGUGCCCUCAAGUCCUAGCUGACUUAUGGCGACCCCUGGUGGGGUUUUUAUGGCAAGAGACUAACAGAGGUAGUUUGCCAUUGGCUGCCUCUGCAACCCUGGUCUUCGUUGGAGGUCUCUCAUCCAAUUACUAACCAAGGCCAACCCUGGUUAGCGUCUGAGAUCUGAUGAGAUCAGGCUCACCUGGGCUAUCUAGUCUACACCAGAUCUUUUCAGUGAGCCUGCUGCUGCUAAUAUGUGUCAGCUCUCAGGUUCCUGCUUGCCUGUAUACAGGGGUCAUUUCGUAGAAAAAGAGCUGGAGGAACUCAUUAGCAUAACUCAUUAGCAUAUGCCAUGCCCCUUGACAUCGCCGGAAGUGGGUCAUUAGCAUAACUGAUUUGCAUAUGCCACACCCCUGACGUCACCUAUCCUGUCUGUUUUGGACCCAAUCCUGGCCAUUCAGGGCUGAAAUUGGGCCCAAAUCAGCAAAAAGGGGCUGAAAAUGGCUGAAAAGGGACCCAAAAUGGUCAGGAUCAGGCCGCUGCUGAGCGGGAGAGGCCCAAUCCGGGCCAUUUCGGCCCCAAUCCAGGCCGAAACGGGCCCAAAAUGGCUGAGAGUCAGGUGGGCGGGGCCACCUGUCAUGUGACCUCUUUGGGGAACUGCCGGAACUGCAUUCCUGUGCGUUCCCCCUCGAAAUGAGCCCUGCCUGUAUAUAUGCAGAUGUUAGACUAUAGAUCUGAGGACAUCAUCAGCUCUUCUUUCUCCCAACCAAUAUGGAGUGAAACUGCACAUGAUGUCAUCACACAGACGGAGCAUCCUUGGUUGCAUCCACACAGAAGAUUUGCUCCACCCUGGGGUUUUUCAGAGCAUCCACAUGAUGGUACCCUCUUUAUUCUGUUAUCUUCCGUUUCCCCAUGUUUGCCCUGUGGAAACAGAAAAAUUUUGGUGAGUUCUGGCUUAUACACUGUCUCAUAAAACUUAUGAUUAAUGCGCUGAAUAGGGGUUUUUAGGAAAGAGUGAUGGUGGAAUGUGGCAGGAUAUUUCUCUUACGUUGGGCAUUUCUGAUGUUGCAAACACAGUAAGUAGCAAAAGGAGAAGCUGAAUUAGUUUGGCCCCUGCAUAGGGAUCAGUUAAGCGUUUAGGAACUGUGAUGCAGUGUUUAAUUCUAUUUUUAAAAGUAUCAUUGGAAGGGAAAAGCAUGUAGACAGAACCAGACAUAUUUGGCUCUGCCUACUUUUGGCUCUGGCUACCAUCAGUCCCAAUGGGUACCAGUCGCGACUCUCUACUAUGAAUUUUUUAGAAGGCAAAAAUCUCUCCAGUGGUUUGGGUGGAGGGGUUUGGCAGGCACAAGAGAAUAGGGAGCAGAGAAUAGAGGAAUCCCUAUGUUGAUGCUCUGUUGUCCAUUCCAAUGGCAAUGAGCCUACAACAGAGAAUUGGCAAUAACCCACGGUGAAGUGUUCUGGGAAACUAAGAGCAUUACAACAUUAUGUCUCAUUGUUGUAGCAGGGUACACGUUGCUGUCUGAGAGAGCAGGGGAAAUCAAAGGUCUGCUGUUUCCAGCACCUGUUGCGGCAUAGUACGUUAGAACAGUAUAAUCUUCUGCAGGAAACAGCUAUUAUUUUCAAGUGAAUUGCAUGAUGUGAAAAUGAACAAUGCGUAUCUGCUGGCAGCUAUUUCCAUUUUACUUUCUAUGACUCAUCCAUUGUACUUUUGCAACUGCUCUCAUUGUCUCCCCCUGCCCAAAUGGAUUGGGGGCAGAAGACAGUUUGGGAUAUUUCAGCAUUUGCCAUUGUUGGUUUAGGGUGGGAUGGGGGGUGGGGUUAGAAGUGCAGUUGGACUUAGAAUUACAACCCUCCAUCACUCUUUUCUCCUGCAAUCAUUCCUGUGACAAUUGUGGCUAGUUUACAGCUGGCUUCCUUUGGCAAUUUCAUAUUAAAUGAGGUAUCUGGCCUGAACUUUUCUCAGUUCCUUUACCUUUGCUCCUUUCAAAAUGCACCUUACUGGGUUCCCUCCCAAGCACAUAUCGGUUUUUUUUAACAUUUGUGCAAGAAAUAUUUGGUCGUACUGCCACCUAGUGGAAAUAUGGGUUCAAAACAAGGUCCCCCCCCCCCCCCCCGUUAUAAACAGACAAGCAACUGAACAUUUGUCAAAAUACAUCAAGGCAGAAAAGGGUCUUCUAAAACCAAAUCUGUGACAUUUUAAAAAACUUUACAUUAGAUAUGUAUCAAUAUGCAAUUUACCUUCUUUUAUUCCAACAAAUCUUUUAUCUUGCCUGAUUUUCACAGCCAAUACUUCUAAUGCAAUAAUAAAUAUUAGUGGAGAUAUUGGACAUCCCUGUUGGGUUCCUUUAGGUAUUUCUAUUUUCUCUGUCAAAGAACCAUUUACAAAAAAGGCAAAGAAGAAUAUAAAAUGAAAACUUAUGCAGAUGAUGUUGUAAUAUCAGUAACAAAACCAAAUGUUUCCCUGAAAUAUGUAAUGAAGCAAAUAAUAAGAUUUGGACAAUAUUCUGGAUAUAAAUUGAAUAAAAAGAAGACAAAAAUAACUUGACUACUAGAGAGGAACAAGAGGAGAUAGAAAAAGUAACAGAUUCUGUUAUUGCCAGAAACUCAGUUAAAUAUUUGGGAAUAAAUGUAAUGGGACAAAUUGAUAACCUAUAUAAAGAUAAUUAUCAAAAAGUUUGGACAAGCAUUAUCGAAGAUUUGCAAAAACGGGAAAAAUUGAAAAUCUCAUGGUUCGGGAGGAACUCUGCUGUUAAAAUGAAAAUAUUACCAAAAUUGAAUUUCUUGUUUCAAAUGCUCCCAAUUUAUAUAGAUGAAAAGAUUCUUUUAAAAUGGCAGAAAAAGAUAAAUGAUUUUGUAUGGAGCGGAAUAAAACUUCGAAUAAGAGUUAAAAUAUUACAAGAUGAAAAAAGCCAAGGUGGUGCCAAAUGUUAAGCAGCCGCAAUGGUCUGGUCUGGACAUCAGAUUGGAUUAUACAUCUAAACAGAAGACAUAUAAAAUUGGUGACAAUUGAUACCAAGGAAGGAAUUCAUAAUUAUUUAUGGAUUAAGAAAUCAUUAAAAAUCAUUCUAAGACAAGAUGCCCCCAUAUUGUGAGAGAUGAAUUACUAAAAAUAUGGUUUCAAUGUAGAAACAGAUUAAGCCCGCCAAUUUCACCAUUGACAUUACAAGAAAUAAAGGAGACUAUAAAUUAUGAAUAUACGAUGGACAAACAUGGAAAAAUAAAAAUAUGGGAAGACAUUUAACCCCAAGGAAAAAACAUCCCAUAUUUGAUGUAUUAUCAAGGUGUGAUUAAACUUAAAGAACAACUAUCCAAAGAAGAUGCAGAGGAGUUAGCCAUGUUAGUCUGUAGUAGCAAAAUCAAAAAGAGUCCAGUAGCACCUUU